AUGGAGGAGGAUCCAUAUGCUGUAAGCUCGGAUACUGAUACUGAAUCAUUGAAGGGUCCACCGCCAAAAAUCAGCAUUGAAGGGCGAUCUGUUGCUGAUAUUUCUUCACUUAAAGCCGCUUUAAGGGAAACAAAAGAGGCGCUGAAGGAUGAAAAACGUCUCGAGGAAUUAAAUCAGCUGAAAAAGAAAUUCGAACUAGAAAAAAUAAAAAAAGACUUUAUUGAGGGUAAAACUAAAAAUGAGUUAGAGAAUGAAGCGAAACCGGUAGAUGAAGAACGUGAACAACUUGCCGCUGUCACAAAGGAAAAGUAUUUGAAGUUCAGAAACAAAUUUGAGAAUCUUCCCGAAGUAAUGAAGGAGGAUCUCGAAGAACGUCUGAAGACCAUGGAGAAAGAGCUGACAGGUGUUGGAAAGGAAAAUUUAGAAAACAUAAAGGACACCUUCGAAAAUCCUCAGGAAGGUAAUAAAAGCGAACGCGAGCAAAUUGUUAUUGAACGUUCAGAAGCAGACAAAAGGCGAGUGAUGAGGACAUUUGCGCAGGUGGACCCUACAACAGAUGACCUUCCGAAAGAAUGUGCAGUGUGUUCGAAAAUAGUUUAUCCUGUUGAAAGGAUUUUUGCUAAAAAACGAAAUUAUCAUAUACCAUGCUUUAAAUGUGUCAAAUGCGGCAAAAAAUUGACGUCAACAAAUUACAACAUACAUGAAGAUCAAUUGAUGUGUAAAAUUCAUUACCUUGAAAUACUUCAUCCUGAAAUUGCGAAAGCAAUGGAUUCCACUACAACAGAAGUGGAUGAAAAGAUGGAAGAUGAAGAAGAAGAUGAGGAAUAUGCAAUAUCAUCAAAACCAAAACAACUUGGUGAUGAUGUUAUUAAAUGCGGUGCAAAAUUAGACGAUUUGUCUACUAUUGGAUCAUUAAAGGCAAGGAAAGGAGACUGGGAAAAUUCUGCGAAGGAAACAGAAACUAUGCAUAUAGAGAAGAAGAAUAUCGUUGAGGAGAUUAUUUCGGGGAAAGUGAAAGCUAAUUUAGAAAAAUUUGUAAUGCGUGCUGCUAAUGACGAAGAUGAAAAGGAGGAAGAUGACGAAGACGGGAGAGAUCCAAAUAUCGUCCGUGAAGACAAGAAACGUCGCAUAGAGAAACUUAACUUUGAACGAGUAGGUGAUAUAAAGAAUAAGUGGAAAAAAGGCAGCAUGCAAACAGUCGAUGUCAAAGAAAUCAAGAACGACCUAAAGGAACUGCAGAAUUGUCCUGGAGUCAAAGAGCGCUUCCAGGAGAUGACAGAGGCCGAACAAAAAGUUGCUAAACAAUGGGACAGUAGUGAACUCAAUACUUCAGGAGUGGCCGAUGCUCGGAAAUCAUUUUUGGAGGGUUCAGCAUUUCAAUCUGGACCGAUUGAGAAAACUACUGUUAAACUUGAAGAUCUUGAGUUCAAAAAACUUCAACAUUUCAAAGAACGUUUUGAAAGAGGUGAAGGAAACACGCAAAUUCAGAAGGUUGAGAUUAAUACACACAUCGGAGACCUCAGUGGUAUUAAAUCAGCAUUUGAAAAAGGAGAAGACAGUUUAGAAAUGACACUAGAAGAAAGGGCAGAAUUGAAAAAGAAACAAAUUGAAGAGGAAUUUUUAAGGUACAAGCUUGUUAGACGAGCAGCUGUCGAGAGAGAAGCCGUCAAUGAAGUGUCUGAUAACGUUGGAAUUGAAGCUGGAGCGGAGAUUCAGGUUGAAACAAUUAGAAAUCGUUUUGAAAAAGGUGAUUAUUCCUCCAAAAAUGAACACGAAGGCAGACAAUUGGAUGUAGAAAUUAAAAUGGCUGGUAAAGCUAGGCAAAAAUUUCAACAAAUCGAUGCUGAAGGUGUUCAAACAUUUGCUCCAGGAAAUCAGCAAAGGAAGCAGGUAAGCAAAUGGAAUAAAAAGGAAAGCACAAUCCCAGAACCAGUAAACAAGAAAGUGGUCGAAGACGAAGAAAAUGAAAAAGAUGAAGAUACUUAUGAUGUUAAAAAUCUUAUGCAAAAGUUCAUAAAUAUCGGUAAAGAAGAGGAAACAAAGUUGAAAUAUGAAAGACCGAGUGAUUUGGAUGAAAUUAAGAUAGCUGCGCGUAAUCUAAAAGAACAGUUCGAAAAAGCUGGAACAGAAUUUGAAAAUGGAACAGCAGAGGAAAAGCGCAGACAACUUGAAGAAGAAUUUGAACGAUUGAGGCGUGAAAAAGAAGAAGCAGCCGCUAUUCGUGAAGAAACCCCCGAUAGAGGGAAAUUUGUUGAAAAGGAAGAAAUUCAUGUGGUUGCUGAUCACGCCUCAAAAAUGACUGCAAAGUGGGAAAAAAUUCAGAAAAAAGAGGCUAGAAAAGCAGAAAAAAAUCGGAUGCCUUCAAAAAAUGCUAUACAAACGGAAAAGUAA